GUGUAUGGAAAACACAUAAGGCUCGAAUGUCCCAAGAACAGUGGCUCAAUGUAUUAUAACUACAAAAACUUUUUUCCCCUAAUUCUUAUUGCCAUUUGUGAUUCAAAUUAUUCGAAUCGUCGAUGUCGGGUUCUAUGCGGGAAAGAAAGCGACUGUAAUGUGUUGAAAACUUCAACAUCCGGUAAAAAGUUGUACUCGGUUAGUGUAAAUUUUCCACCAGAUCAAUGCUUACCAGGUGACGAUAAUGGCGUGCCACAGCCGUUUAUUUUAGAUGCCGACGAAGCUUUUGCAGCACUUCACAAAAAUUUGCUACGACCGUUUCCAGGCAGAACAUCAAACAACAACAGAAGGAUUUUCAACUAUCGUUUAUCGAGGGCCCGUCAAUGCAUAGAAUGUUCGUUUGGAAUUUUGUCUCAAAAAUGGCGAGUAUUUCAAACGAGCAUGUCAGUUGACCCAAAUGUUGCAGUCAAAAUAACAAAAGCCUGCUGCGUCUUACAUAACGUUUUUCCCGUAUGA